AUGUUCGCCAAGCUCACCAUUGCUGUUGUCGCGGCUGCCCUCGCGCUCGUUCACGUCAAGGCGGAGACGCACACCGUCUCCUUCACCAAUAACUGCGGCUACGGGACCCCGUACUUGUGGGGUCAGAACGGCGUGCUCUACUCCUCAGGCGAAGGGUCGUACACAUCCGAUGGGCCCCUUCUGGGCCUCAUCUCGUACCUCCAGAAUGGCAAUUGCGGCAACGAUGGAGAAGGCUGCACCACGGUAGAGGCGACGCUGGAGAAUGCCUCAAACAGCGCGGCCGAUAUCACUCUUAUUUCUCCCCACGAGUUCUCUGUCACUAGUGGUUUCGGAUUUUACGGCGGCUGCGACGGUGCAGGCGAAGACUGUACAUCUGCUGAUUGUCCUGGUGCGUUCACCGACCCAACAAACGGAUUGAUAGUCAGCUGCUCUGAGCCCAACGUGAAUAUUGCUAUCACGUUCUGUGACUAA